GUCACAUUACAUGUCGCGCGCGGCUACCAAGUUGUGCACAUAUUGAAAGAUGCUAUGCGACGUCCUAUCGGAUCGGAAGAUUUAGAAAAGAACUGGUGCAGCGAUUGAACUUCAAUUGCAUGGAAAGGGUGUCACAUUAGAGGUUACUGCAUAAAAAGGGAUAUGAGCUCUCAGCCGGCAUAUGCUUCACAAGGUGGGGGCAAUCAACAUGGACAAUACCCCCCACCACAACAAGGCUAUCCUCCGCCACAACAUCAAGCCUAUGCUCCGCCCCAACAAGGGUACCCUCCUCAACAACAAGGCUACGGACCAGCCCAACCAGGUUAUGCCCUGCCCCAGACAGGGUACCCACUACAGCAACAAGGCUACUAUCCACAGGGAACCCCUCAGAUUGGCUAUGGUCAACAGCAAGGACAUGUUGUAAUACAACAGCCGCCUGCUGUAACACAGCCUGUAUCUCUUGGCCCUGUCCCUGUGUCUGUUAGAUGCCCACAUUGCCAUUCCAAUGUGCAGACGAAAGUGUCCAAAGAAAUUGGAAACACCACAUUUUUGUAUUGUUUUAUUCUUAGUUGCUUUUGUUGCUGCUGUUUGCCGUUCUGUAUGGAUUGUGCCAAAGACAGUGCCCAUUCUUGCCCAAACUGCAAGGGUAAUGUAGGAGUCUUUAAACAGCCUCUUGUCCAAAGUGGAGGGGGAGCUGGUCGAAGACGUGACAACUAUGACCACUGGUAUGGUGGCCCAGGUGACGACGGGUGUGGUUAUGGACCCAGUGGUGGUGAUGGCGGCGGGGAUUGUGGAGGUGGUGGUGGGGGUGGUGGUGAUGGGGGUGGCAGUGGGGGUGGCGAUGGCGGUGGCGGUGGUGGGGAUUAAGGCUCUACAUGUCAGAGUAGCAACAGAGAUGUCUCAAAAGAGGUUGGGGGGGGGGGGGGGGGGGGUAAUUAGGUUGUAUGAUUCACACACAAAAAAGAUUUCUACCAUUCCAGGAUCCCCCACCAACCCAACCCAUCUGCCACCCCUUAUGACAUUAUGGAUACAUCACCUACAAGUACAUCACCUAACAAGUGUUAGAAAGUUGAGCACAGCCUGAGCUCAAGAUGGUUUGGGGCAUGCCAUCUACAUAAUUUAGAUACUCUGAGGCACCAAAUCUGUUGAAAUUUGAUGUAAAGUUUCACAAUUUCUUCAAAUGUUUAUAUCAUCCUAACAAAACGGAGUACAUUUUUUCAAUGGAGUAAACUUUCUCUAUAAUUCUAUUUUUGUCUGAAAAGAAUGCAUACAGAAUAAAGAAAAUAUUUACCAUACCACGAUUUUUCAUUUAUGUAAAAUUAAAAUAUCUUGUUUUGGUUUGUACUGGUAUCAAUAUAGAUUAAUUCUUUGUUUGUUUCUUCUUGGUUUUAAAAAUAAAUACAUGAUGCAAAUAUAUCA